GAGGCCGUCCCCACAAGCUUCGUCCUCCAUCUGUGCGCGUCAUUACAUGAUUACAAAUGAAGCUUCGUGUACUCGAAUGAUCAGGGAUUUAAACGCGCGCGCUGAGAUUGUUAUUUGACGAUCUUAGCUAGCUUUACUUCCCGAAUACUCUCUCUAAAAAUCCUCCUUAUAUCCAUCAGAGAUGGGUUUCAAUAGUGCACUACUUUUCAAACUGGUACUGCCAUUCUGCACGGUUGCCGCCGCCGCGGCGGUGGCUGCAACCAAACCGGGUUGCAGCAGCUCGUGCGGGAACGUGAGCAUCCCCUAUCCCUUUGGAACCAGCGAGAACUGCUACAUAGACGAAAGGUUCUUCAUCAACUGCACAACAAUCACGUCCUCAUCGGGACAACCAAAAGCGUACCUGAGAGGCGGCGACGUACAAGUCCUCGACAUCUCACUGGAUAUCGGUGAAUUAACUGUCUUGGCAGACGUUUCCAAGCAUUGCUAUGAUUAUACAUAUCUACCAUGGAACUCCAUUGAGUUCGAAAAGUUCACUAUAUCCAACACGAAGAACAUAUUCACGGUGGUGGGCUGUGACACCGUCGCUUCCAUCAGAGACUUGACAGGGAGCGGCUUUCAAACAGGCUGCAUGUUGAGGUGCAAUAACGAGAAUUUUGAGGUUGAAGAUGGAUCGUGUUCUGGUGUGGGUUGCUGCCAGACCAGUUUCCCCAAAGCCAUCUGGAACUACAAUAUCAGCCUCAGUAGUUUUAACAACUACAAGGACGUGAGGGACUUUAACCCCUGUGGCUACGCGUUUGUUGCCAAGAACGGAUCCUUCAACUUCUCCUAUCAACAACUCCUCAAUCUAAGCGGCACGACUGAGUUUCCCGUCGUUAUGGAUUGGGCUGUUGAGGAUCAGACAUGCGAUGAAGCCAAGAAAAAUACAAGCAGAUCAUUUGCCUGCAAGCAGAACAGUAGAUGCCAAGAUUCAAUAAGUGGCGCUGGCUACCUCUGUUUCUGUGAAGAUGGGUUCCAAGGUAACCCCUACAUGUCUGACCCCGAUUCAGGUUGCAAAGAUAUUGAUGAGUGCGAGGGAGAGAAUCGGUGCAGUAGGAGAUGCCACAACGUGGAAGGCAAUUAUACGUGUUCUUGUCCGCCGGGAUACAGAGGCGACGGCUAUAGAGACGGCACAGGCUGCGAGUUCCCUGUCAUGCAAAUUUCAUUAGGCAUUUCUAUAGCCUUACUUGUUGUCUUUACACUAGUCUCCACACUAUGUUGGGGACACAAGCAAAGAGCACUUAUACAACUUAGGAGAAGAUACUUUGAGCAAAAUGGGGGAAAUAUGCUACAACGGCUUCACCAACAACAAGGAUACACCGAUAGAACCAAGAUAUUUACUGAAGAGGAGCUUAAAAAUGUCACGAACAACUUUGAUGAAAGCAAGAUCCUUGGUCGUGGAGGACAAGGCACAAUUUACAAAGGCAUAUUACCAGAUAGCACACCUGUUGCCAUUAAAAAAUCCAAAAUAGGAGGAGGUCCUGGACAAAUUAAGGAUUUUAUAAAUGAAGUGGCUGUGCUUUCCCAAAUCAAUCAUAGAAAUGUGGUUAAACUUCUUGUGUGUCUUGAAACGGAAGUUCCUUUGUUAGUUUAUGAAUUUGUGGACAAUGGCACCCUUCUUUCCCAUAUAGACCCACUAAAGAAUGAGCACUCUCUUUUGUGGGAGACUCGAUUAAGAAUAGUUGCAGAAACAGCUGAGGCCAUUUCAUAUUUACAUUCUGCUGCUUCUAUUCCAAUUAUUCAUCGAGAUAUUAAAUCUGCUAACAUAUUAUUAGAUCAUGAUUAUAGAGCAAAAGUUUUUGACUUUGGGGCUUCAAGACUUGUUCCACUUGAUGAAGUUCAAGUUACUACUAUGGUUCAAGGAACACUAGGAUAUCUAGAUCCAGAAUACCUUCUUACAGGUCUGUUGAAUGAAAAAAGUGAUGUUUAUAGCUUUGGGGUCGUGCUUGUAGAGUUACUCACUGGGAAUAAAGCUGUUGAAUUCAGUAGGCCAAAACAGAGAAAUUUGGCAAUGUACUUCAUGGCCUCAAUGAAAGAAGACAAGUUAUGGGAGAUUCUUGACAAGCGAGUGUUAGAUCAGAAGAAUGCAGAACAACUAAAGGAAGUUGCUUUCUUAGCAAGGAGGUGCAUUAGAGUUAAUGCAGAGGAAAGGCCAACUAUGAAAGAAGUAGCGAUGGAAUUAGAAGGUUUGAUUGCCAUGGAAAAGCAUCCUUGGGUAAAGGGCAAGGAUAUGGUGUCAGAAGAAUGUGAAUACUUGCUUGAUCAUAUAGCUUAUGGAUUUGGGAAUGCUAGCGCUAGCAAUUCAGCUGGCUAUGAUACCAUACAAAAACAAAUAGCAUUUGAGAUUGAAGAUGGACGGUGAUCAUUUCAUGUUAGUAUGUCACAGCUGUUUGAGCUACUCUUUCCACUCUUGUAAACAGAACAACCUCCACUUUUUUUGUUUCUCUUUUACUUUAUUAUUAGUAAUUACUUCAAAUAUAUACAAUGUCUUAAUACUGGACCUUCAGAUGGAGAAACUUGAUAUAACAGUGCAGAAAAAAAUAGUGAAUAUAAAAUACCUCAAAUGUUAGUGAGAAUUAGAAA